GGAGGAGUGACUCGAGGCCGUUACUUCAAGUAGGGUUUAUGCAGCUUGCAAUGGGAGCAGAGAAGCGCGGGGCGCUCAUUGUCCUGGAGGGUCUGGACAGGAGCGGGAAGAGCUCUCAGUGCCACAGGCUGGUUGAGUUUUUGAAGGGCACUGGGCUGAAGGUGGAGGCUUGGCGGUUUCCAGACAGGACAACUGCCAUCGGUAGCUCGAUUUCGGCUUACUUGGGAGGGGGAGCUGAGCUUGACGAUCGUGCUGUGCACCUUCUGUUUUCAGCAAACCGCUGGGAGAAGAGGCUGCAGAUGGAAAAGAAAUUGAUGGCUGGGACAACGCUGGUAGUAGAUCGAUAUUCGUACUCAGGAGUGGCUUUCUCUGCUGCGAAGGGACUGGAUCUUGAGUGGUGCAAGGCUCCCGAGGUCGGACUUCCUGCUGCAGAUCUGGUCUUGUACCUAGAUAUUUCGCCAGAGGAAGCUGCUGUGCGCGGUGGAUAUGGAGAUGAGCGCUAUGAGCAGCUGGAUUUUCAGAAAAAAGUUGCCUUACAGUACAAAGGUCUGCAGGGUAAAAGAUGGAAGAUUGUGGACGCAAGGCAAUCGUUUGAUCAAGUUCACGAGCUGAUGAGAGAAACGUGUGUGAAAACUGUCAGCAAUUGCCUCAAUGGGUGCCACCAUCUUUCUCGGCUGUGGACAGACGAAAGGGUAAUCUUGUAGAGUGGGACCUGAGUUUUAGGGCUAAACAAAAGGAAGUUUUAUGUAGCGCUAAUUAAGAAUGAUAGAACAAUCUAUUGUUGGAAUUUAGGGUUA